UCUCGAGUAAGCCCGAGCGCUCAGCCGCGCCGACUCCGCCGCGCCGGGAGCCCCGAGCCGGGAGGCGGGAGGCGCGCAGCUCCCGGCCGCUCGCAGGCGCCUGGGCCAGGGCCGCCCCGCGAGCAUGCUCUAGAGAGGACGGCGCCCCGCGGCUUCGGGUCUCCGAACGCAGACCCUGUCCCAGCGCGCCGCGCCCCGUGCCCUCCAGAUGCAGAGAGAGGCUGCGUUCGGACUGGGGCUCUGCCACCCCCUCCGCGUCAUGGGGUCUGUGGACCAAGAAGAACCGAAUGCGCAUAAGGUCGCCAGCCCACCCUCUGGACUCGCAUACCAUGAUGAUGUCCUGGACUAUGGCCUCAAGCCAUACAGCCCCCAUCCCAGUCUCCCUGGCGAGCCCCCCAGCAGAUUCGGAGAGCCGGAUAGGGGAGGGCCCCAGAACUUUCUGAGCCCGGUCAAGCCCGCCGGGGCCUCGGGCCUGAGCCCUCGCAUCGAGAUCACUCCGUCCCACGAACUGAUGCAGGCAGGGGGACCCCUCCGCGUCAGAGACGCUGGCCUGCUGGGGGAGCAGCCGCCCGUGCCCGGGGUGGCCGCCAGCCCGAGGUUCACCCUGCCCGUGCCUGGCUUGGAGAGCUACCGCGAGCCGCUUUGCUUGAGCCCGGCUAGCAGCGGUUCCUCCGCCAGCUUCAUUUCCGACACCUUCUCCCCCUGCACCUCGCCCUGCGUCUCGCCCAAUAACGGCGGGCCCGACGACCUGUGUCCCCAGUUUCAAAACAUCCCUGCUCAUUAUUCCCCCAGAACCUCGCCAAUAAUGUCACCUCGAACCAGCCUCACUGAGGACAGCUGCCUGGGCCGCCACUCGCCCGUGCCCCGUCCGGCCUCCCGCUCCUCGUCGCCCGGUGCCAAGCGGAGGCAUUCGUGUGCUGGGGCCGUGGUCGCCCCGCUGCCCGGAGCCUCACCCCAGCGCUCCCGGAGCCCCUCGCCGCAGCCCCGGGAGGACGGCGCCCCUGCUGGGUACCCCCCCUCAGCUGGCUCUGCGGUCCUCAUGGAUGCCCUCAACAGCCUGGCGGCUGACUCGCCGUGCGGGAUCCCCCCCAAGAUGUGGAAGACAAGCCCAGACCCGACGCCAGUGUCUGCCGCCGCCCCCCCGAAGGCCGGCCUGCAUCGCCACCUCUACCCGACCGUGGAGUUCCUGGGGCCCUGCGAGCAGGACGAGAGGCGGAACUCAGCCCCCGAGUCCAUCUUGCUGGUGCCGCCCACUUGGCCCAAGCAGCUGGUGCCCACCAUUCCCAUCUUCAGCACCCCAGUGACUGCAUCACUCCCUCCACUUGAGUGGCCACUGUCUCACCAGUCGGGCUCCUAUGAGCUACGGAUCGAAGUGCAGCCCAAACCGCAUCACCGGGCCCAUUAUGAGACGGAAGGCAGCCGAGGGGCUGUCAAAGCUCCAACUGGCGGCCACCCUGUGGUUCAGCUCCACGGCUACAUGGAAAAUAAGCCUCUGGGGCUUCAAAUAUUCAUCGGGACGGCCGACGAACGUAUCCUGAAGCCCCACGCCUUCUACCAGGUGCACCGGAUCACAGGAAAAACCGUCACCACCACCAGCUACGAGAAGAUUGUCGGCAACACCAAAGUCCUGGAGAUUCCUCUGGAGCCAAAAAACAACAUGAGGGCGACCAUUGACUGUGCGGGGAUCCUGAAGCUGAGAAAUGCCGACAUCGAGCUGCGGAAAGGAGAGACCGACAUCGGGAGAAAGAAUACCCGAGUGAGGCUGGUCUUUCGGGUGCACAUUCCAGAGUCCAGCGGAAGGAUUGUCUCACUGCAGACGGCCUCUAAUCCCAUCGAGUGCUCCCAGCGGUCGGCGCACGAGCUGCCCAUGGUGGAGAGACAGGACACGGACAGCUGCCUGGUGUACGGGGGCCAGCAGAUGAUCCUCACUGGACAGAACUUCACGGCCGAGUCCAAAGUCGUGUUCACGGAGAAGACCACAGAUGGGCAGCAAAUCUGGGAGAUGGAAGCCACGGUGGACAAAGACAAGAGCCAGCCUAACAUGCUUUUUGUGGAGAUCCCCGAGUAUCGGAAUAAGCACAUCCGUGCAUCCGUGAAGGUGAACUUUUACGUCAUCAAUGGGAAGAGAAAACGAAGCCAGCCUCAGCACUUUACCUACCACCCAGUCCCAGCCAUCAAGACAGAGCCCAGCGACGAAUACGACCCCACCUUGAUCUGCAGCCCCGCCCACGGGGGCCUGGGCAGCCAGCCUUACUACCCACAGCACCCGAUGGUGGCCGAGUCCCCCUCCUGCCUUGUGGCCACCAUGGCUCCUUGCCAGCAAUUCCGCUCGGGGCUCUCGUCCCCCGACGCCCGCUACCAGCAGCAGAACCCGGCGGCUGUCCUCUACCAGCGGAGCAAGAGCCUGAGCCCCAGCCCGCUGGGCUACCAGCAGCCAGCCCUCAUGGCUGCGCCCCUGCCCAUCGGGGACACCCACCGCUCCGUGCUGGUGCACACGGGCUCUCAGGGCCAGGGCCCGGCCGCGCUGCAGGCCUCGCCGGUGAUCCACUACUCGCCCACCAGCCCGCAGCUGCGCUGCGGGAGCCACCAGGAGUUCCAGCACAUCAUGUACUGCGAGAACUUCGCACCCGGCACCACCAGGCCCGGCCCGCCCCCCGCCCCCCAGGGCCAGAGGCUGAGCCCCGGGUCCUACCCCACGGUCAUCCAGCAGCAGAAUGCCACCAGCCAAAGAGCCGCCAAAAACGGACCCCCGGUCAGUGACCAAAAGGAAGCACUGCCCACGGGAGUGACUGUCAAACAGGAGCAGGACCUGGACCAGACCUACUUGGAUGACGUAAAUGAAAUUAUCAGGAAGGAGUUUUCAGGACCUCCCGCCAGAAACCAGACGUAGAAGCCGCCCUCCGCAAGACACUUCCGCAGCUGGCCCCGGAGCCUUCUCUCAUUCCCUUCACCGUCCGUCUCCUGGCCGGAGUCCACCGGGGGACCGUGUCCUGGCAGACCUGACCCCAUGCAGACGCU